AUGCUGCUCACACGGGCGCAGGCAUGUGACGUAGACCUGCUGUGGACCUGGUGCCUCUUGGUUCUAGAAGAAAUGAAAACCGUGUCUCUGGUCGUUAUACUUAUCUGUGGAAUCAGCUGCAGCGGUCACAAUGUGUUCCUACAGAACCAGCAGGCGGCGCAGCUGCUGCAGAGGAACAAACGAGCCAAUCACAUGUUUGAGGAGAUGAAGCCAGGAAACCUGGAGCGUGAGUGUCUUGAGGAGAUCUGUGACCAUGAAGAGGCGAGGGAGGUGUUCGAGGACCAGCAGAAGACAGAAACAUUCUGGAGCAAGUACUUAGAUUGUAAAGGGAUUGACCUGCAACGAAACACAGAGAACACUCAGAUGGUGCGCAGCUGUCUGGACGGUUCCUGUGUGAUGGGAAGGGGCAUGGGUUAUACGGGAAACAUCAACAUCACCCAAUCAGGACGAGUCUGUCAGCGCUGGAGCUCCUCCUACCCCCACCCUAUCAUCAGGGAGUUUAACAUUAGUGAGCACCCUCAGCUUCAGGAGAACUUCUGCAGGAACCCGGACCAUCAGAGCUCCACAUGGUGCUUCACCAGCGAUCCCUCUGUCCAGAAAGAAGACUGCAAUGUACCAGUUUGUGGUCUAGAGUUUUUCCCGCCCACUCUGGCCCCGGCCCCUGCACCCUCAGGACCAUGUCUCCUGAACCAGGGAGUAGAUUACCAUGGCGACCUAUCUAUCACCAUUGGGGGUCGUGUGUGUCUACCCUGGUCUUCCCCGCUGGUGCAGAAACUCAGCGCAGAUGAAGAGUUUCUCCCUGAAGUCCCCCUGUUCCUGAACCAGUGCAGGAACCCGGACCAGGACCCAGAAGGUCCCUGGUGCUAUACCAUGAAGAACGGGACUGUGGGAGUGGACUACUGCGAUCUGCAUCUGUGUGAUGACCCCCUGACAGCUCCAGUCCCAGUCCUGGACCAGAAUACGGAUUCUGGGAGAGAAAGAUCAGUGCUGAAAAACAACAGAAGAAACCUCUUCAACCCACGGAGCUUCGGACAGGGGGAAACCGUUUGCGGACAGCGCCCCCUGUUUGAGGCCAAAGGACUGCAGGACCAGAAGGAGGAGGAGCUUCUGGAGUCGUACAGAGGGGGUCGCAUAGUGGGCGGGAUCAACGCCGAGAUUGGCUCCGCCCCCUGGCAGGUGAUGCUGUACAAGCGCAGCCCUCAGGAGCUGUUGUGUGGGGCCUCCCUCAUCAGUGACCAGUGGAUCCUAACUGCUGCCCACUGUGUGCUGUAUCCUCCAUGGAACAAGAACUACACUGUGGACGACAUCCUGGUCCGACUGGGGAAGCACAACCGAGCCCAGUUUGAGCGUGGCGAAGAGAAGAUUGUUGCCAUUGACGAAAUCAUCGUUCAUCCUAAAUACAACUGGAAAGAGAAUUUGAACCGAGACAUCGCUCUGCUGCACAUGAAGCGACCAAUCACCUUCUCCGACAGGAUCCACCCCAUCUGCCUGCCCAGCAAGGCUGUGGCCCGCACCCUGAUGACUGCUGGGUUCAAAGGUCGUGUGACUGGGUGGGGGAACCUGAAGGAGACCUGGAACCCAGCGAGCAGGAACCUGCCCUCGGUGCUGCAGCAGAUCCAUCUGCCCAUCGUGGACCAGGACCACUGCAGGAGCUCCACCUCUGUCAAGAUCACAGACAACAUGUUCUGUGCAGGAUUCAAACCAGAGGACUCUGUGAGAGGAGACGCCUGUGAAGGAGACAGUGGAGGACCCUUCACCAUGAAGUUCCCAGCAGAGGACCGCUGGUACCAGAUGGGGAUUGUAUCAUGGGGCGAAGGCUGCGACCGCGAUGGGAAAUACGGGUUCUACACUCACCUGUUCCGACUCGGGCGCUGGAUCCGCAAAGUCAUUGACCGCUCCAAUGACGAGUGA